GUUUCCCACGCCAGUCAAGUUCCGCAGUUCGCGGGUUCUGGAGGAUCACGGGAGCGCGCUAACUGCGUCACACUCACGUCAUUCAAGAUGGCGGCGCUCGCGUCCUUGAUGCUGCGAUCCAGAGCAUGUAUUCUGUUCAGUCAAACACCCACAGUUGUACUGACGAGAUUUGCUUCAAAGAAAUCAGGAGGAAGCAGCAAAAACCUAGGAGGGAAGAGUGGUGGCCGUAGAUAUGGUUACAAGAAACAAGAUGGGAACUUUGUACAUGCGGGCAAUAUCCUCGCUACACAACGCAAGGGUUUAAUGCGUUGGCAACCUGGAGCUCAUGUCGGUAUUGGAACCAACAAAACACUUUAUGCCCUAGAGGAUGGUAUUGUCAGAUUCACCAAGGAGGUGUACAUUCCUCUGCCACGAAGUGCUGAAGCCAGGGAUGUGAUCCCAAAACUUCCCAAGGGUGCUAUUCUGUACAAGACCUUUAUCAAUGUCAUUCCUGUAAAACAGGAGAAUACAUUUAAACUAGCGGACAUGGUAUGAAAAAUACUUUCUUCAACUUCAGUUUGAUCUGGAUUCUUUGGACUGGUAAUAUUUUGAUGGUCUCCUUUCAAAUGUGUCUAAAAAUCAGCAGUAAAAUAUUUAAUUUCUUCUUAUUUGUACAGUCAUGUUACAUUCUAAUAAAAAUGUUUACGUAA